ACACAUGGGCUUGUCUGGAGCUUCCAAUCCUUUGCUGGAGUCACAGAUCAGCCGCUCAUUGACGGAGAGUCAGCAGAGGAGCAGCACGGCGUCCCACCGACCAAUCGAUCGACUCCGUAUUGUCCGCCCAGCCGGAAACCAAAUAUUUCUCUAAACUACAGAGCGGAAAUCAGGAUAUCUUAGUCUGGUGUCUGUUAGAAUGUCCAGCACCUUCUCUGGGUGGGUCCUGAGAACCGCAAAACGCCAGAUUAACCUUCUCCAUGGAGGGAAACGUUCUUAUUCGCAAUGUCUGAUGAGAAGAGGCCCGGCAAGAUGGCGGCGAGCGCGGUCUGGUAGUGCCGCCACACAGACAUGUCUGUGCUAUCCACUGCUCUACUCCACUGACCGGUCCUACCGGCCCACGGCUGAGGAUGUCAACUAUCAGUUGUUACCAGAGAAGAUAAACGACAUGCUGCGAGCCAACGAGCAUUCCUGCAAGAUAGCGGACGGCGAUCCCAAAAACUGUGGCACAAUCCUGAAGUUCGAAAGCAACAUCCUGGCCUCUAACAUGCCUUGCGAGGACCGCCGGAGCGCCGCCACAUGCCUGCAGAGCAAAGGGAACCUGUUUGGGGUCUUUGAUGGCCACGCUGGGGCCGCCUGCGCUCAGUCGGUCAGCGAGCGCCUCUUUUACUACAUUGCCGUCUCCCUGAUGUCACAGGCAAGCUUGGAGGAGAUGGAGCUCGCCCGGGAGAAAAUGAAGCCCGUCCUUCCCAUCCUCCACUGGCACAAGCACAAAAAUGACUACAUGUACCGAGAGAUCGCCUCGCUCUACGCCGACCACCUGCGGGUGUUUUGGCAGGAGCUCAUCGACCUGGACAACGAAUCCGGCAUGAACGUGGCGGACGCUAUGGCCUACGCCUUCCAGAGGCUGGACUCCGACAUUUCGCUGGAGGCCCAGGUCCCCACUGACAACCAGUUGCUCAGGAACAUCACCUUACAAGUCGCCUUUUCUGGGGCCACGGCCUGCGUCUCGCACGUAGACGGUCUCCACCUGCACGUCGCUAAUUCUGGAGACUGCAGGGCGGUGCUGGGCGUCCAAGACCACAAUGGCACUUGGUCCAGUGUCCCGCUUACAGCUGACCACAACGCUUUUAAUCUAUCCGAGCUGCAGAGGGUGCAGUCAGAGCACCCCGAGUCCGAGGAGGAGACAGUUGUGUCUGACCAACGGUUGUUGGGGCUUUUGAUGCCCUUCCGGGCCUUCGGGGACGUUCGGUUCAAAUGGAGCGAGGAGCUGCAGAAAAGCGUCCUUCAGGGCGCCUGCGAUGCGGAACCUUUAAAUAUUUAUCAGUAUUACCCGGCAAACUACCACACCCCUCCAUACCUAACGGCGACCCCGGAGGUCACCUAUCACAAACUGAGGCCGCAGGACAAGUUCCUGGUCAUGGCCUCCGAUGGACUUUGGGACUUGCUUGGCAACCAGGAGGUGGUGCGCCUCGUAGCGGAACACCUAUCCGAAAUCAGCAUUCGGGAGCCCCGGAUUUCCACAGAGAAGCGUAGCCUAGGCACCAUGCAUGACCUGCUUCUUCAGAGGCGGAGCAGCAGGGUCAACACGCAGGACCGAAACGUUGCCACGCACCUGAUCCGGAAUGCCGUCGGCACCAACGAGGACGGAGAGGUGGACCAGGAGAGACUAGCUGCCAUGCUGAGCCUACCCGAGGAUCUGUCCAGGAUGUACAGGGACGAUAUUACCAUAACGGUCAUCUACUUUAACUCCAGCGCUAUUGAGGCGCAGUACCAGGAGAGCGAGGAGCAGUAGAGGCGCCAAAUCAGUGCCCCGUCUGCCACCUUGUAAACUUGUAUAAAUGAUUUGAUUUCUUGUACAGUAAUGUUGAUGUGGGACCAUUAGGUACAGCUAUUUGAUAUAUUUUUUUUUAUUAAAUAAGAUGGUUUAUUCUACUGCACAA